CUGGCCGCCGCGCGGGUCAGUGCCGGGCUCCCGCCGCCGCCGCCGUCUCCUCCUCCUCCUCCUCCCGCUGCCCGCUCUCUCGCGGGGCGCCGCCCGCCGUCAUGGGGCAGAUCGAAUGGGCCAUGUGGGCGAACGAGCAGGCUCUGGCGUCCGGCCUCAUCCUCCUGACUGGUGGUAUCGUGGCAACCGCUGGGCAGUUUAUCUGGUGGCAGUUCGGUGCCUACUCGAUUGUAGCAGGAGUGUUCAUCUGCCUGCUGGAAUAUCCCCGGGGCAAGAGGAAAAAGGGCUCCACCAUGGAGCGGUGUGGUCAGAAGUACCUGACAUCUGUGGUGAAGGCAUUUGGGCCCCUGACUAGGAACUACUACAUCCGAGCCCUCCUGCACCUGUGCUUGGCAGUGCCUGCAGGGGUUCUCCUGGCCACCAUCCUGGGCACGGCCUGUCUGGCGAUUGCAAGUGCAAUCUAUCUGUUGGCCGCUAUCCGGGGGGAAGAGUGGAAGCCCAUUGAGCAGAAGCCCAUGGAGCGACCCCAGGUGGGGACCACCAUCAAACAGCCCCCCAGCAACCCCCCACCCCGGCCCCCUGCCGAGGCCCGGAAGAAGCAGCCUGAGGAGGAAGCGGCAGGGCCCUCGGGGGGCCCCCAGGUGAACCCGGUCCCAGUGACGGAUGAGGUUGUGUAAGGAGCCCCCCAGCCCCCACUCUGGCGGGGCUCAGCUCCCUGCACCACCUGUACUCCCACAAAUGGCCAGCAGGGGGCAAAAGACGCCAAAGGCAGGUCCACUUGUGGGCUGGGCCCGGGAGCCUCCUCUUUGGCCCCGGGGCGGAGGCCGGCCUCUUUCCGGUCUGUCCACAUCCUCGCUGACAGUUUCCAGUUGCGAUACCUAUUUUGUAAUAAAUGCGCCACCACGGUAAAA